UACUCCAGAGGUUCAAUGUGAGCAUUCCUCCUUUUAAUGGUAGAUAUAAAAAUCGUACAACCCAAAAUUGAAUCAGUUCGUGUCUAGAGAUCCAGUGUACCUAAACCAAUAUGAUCAGCAAAAUCUCCAUCCUCUGCUUGGUAGCAUGUGCAGCAGCUGUUCCAAUCUUCGAACCUGCAGCUCAAUCAUACUCCACUGAAACUAAGCACACCACAGUGCACCACGGAUCAGCACUUGUGAGUCAUUUGGCUCCUGUUGCUGCAAUUCAUGCUCCAGCUAAUUCCUAUUCUUCUGUCACCUUUGGACACUCUGCUGUACAAGCUGCCCCAGCCUAUGCCUACUCUGCCCCAGUUUACCACGCCGCUCCAGUUGUACAUGCUGUUCCAGUGGUACACUCUGCUCCAGUGGUACAUACCUCAGUCCAUGCUGUUCCUGUUUUGAGGCACGUCGAAGAAGACAACUCCGCUCCAGCUCACUACCAAUACAAAUAUGGAGUUGAAGACCACCACACUGGUGACAUCAAAUCCCAAGAAGAAUCUCGUGAUGGUGACGUAGUCAAGGGUUCCUACUCUCUCCACGAAGCUGACGGUACCAUCAGGACUGUGAACUACUCAGCUGACAAGAAUGGAUUCAACGCAGACGUACAAAAGUCAGGACAUGCUACUAUCAGUCACAUUUCUUUCCUUGUCUUCGUGGCAUGCGCUACUGCAAUUCAAGUUUAUGAACCAUCAGCUCAAUCAUAUUCUUCUCAAACCAAACACACCACAGUACACAGUGGUGCCACUCUUGUCAGUCACUUAGCUCCUGUUGCCGCUGUUCAUGUUCCUGUACAUGCUGUGCAUGCUCCAGCUAGUUCCUACUCCACUGUCUCCUUUGGACACUCUUCAGUACAAGCUGCUCCUGCUAUAGCUCACUCUGCUCCAGUUUAUCAUUAUUCCCCAGUUUACCAUAGUGUGCCAGUAGUACACUCUGCUCAGCUCAUCCAUGCCGUUUCUAACGAAAAACAGAAUGAAGAAGAACACUAUGCCCCAGCUCACUACCAAUACAAAUAUGGAGUUGAAGACCACCACACUGGUGACAUCAAAUCCCAGGAAGAAUCUCGUGAUGGUGACGUAGUAAAGGGUUCCUACUCUCUCCACGAAGCUGACGGUACCAUCAGGACUGUGAAAUACUCAGCCGACAAAAAUGGAUUCAAUGCUGACAUCUCCAUCCUAUGCUUGGUAGCAUGUGCUGCAGCUGUCCCAAUCUUCGAACCUGCAGCUCAGUCAUACUCCACUCAAACUAAGCAUACCACAGUGCACCACGGAUCAGCACUCGUGAGUCAUUUGGCUCCUGUUGCUGCAAUUCAUGCUCCAGCUAAUUCCUAUUCUUCUGUCACCUUUGGACACUCUGCUGUACAAGCUGCCCCAGCCUAUGCCUACUCUGCCCCUGUAUACCACGCCGCUCCAGUUGUACAUGCUGUUCCAGUUGUACACUCUGCUCCCGUAGUACAUACCGCAGUCCAUGCUGUUCCUGUUUUGAGGCACAUCGAAGAAGACAACUACGCUCCAGCUCAUUACCAAUACAAAUAUGGAGUUGAAGACCACCACACUGGUGACAUCAAAUCCCAAGAAGAAUCUCGUGAUGGUGACGUAGUCAAGGGUUCCUACUCUCUCCACGAAGCUGACGGUACCAUCAGGACUGUGAAAUACACAGCUGACAAAAAUGGAUUCAAUGCUGACGUACAAAAGUCUGGACAUGCUGUUGUUAGUCAUGUGGCUCCAUCUCACGCUAUCUACACUUCCUUGUUGCAUCAUUGA